UGGAGCCCUGGCUGAGUUCCGGUUCCGGUCCUGGCGGCGGGCGGGAGGGCGUUGAGUCGGGAGUGAGCUCCCUAUCUGCUGUGGCCCGCUCCCUCCGCGUUGCCCAGGAUGGUACCGCCCAAGGGCCUGCGCUGGCCCUGAUCCCCCCCUCUGGGAGAUGGUGCAGGCCGGGGGCUCCUCGCCCCCCCGCCGCCGCUCCGGCGGCCACCGCCGCUGACCCGCGCCCCCGCCCCAUGGCCGCCGCGGCGCCGCCCCCCCCUGACAAGCUGGAGGGAGGAGGCGGCCCCGCUGCGCCGCCAGCGCCGCCCAGCACCGGGAGGAAGCAGGGCAAAGCCGGUCUGCAAAUGAAGAGCCCAGAAAAGAAGCGACGCAAGUCAAAUACCCAGGGUCCUGCAUACUCACACCUGACGGAGUUUGCACCACCCCCGACCCCAAUGGUGGAUCACCUGGUGGCAUCCAACCCAUUUGAGGAUGACUUUGGGGCCCCCAAGGUUGGGGGGGCAGCUCCUCCAUUCCUUGGCAGUCCUGUACCCUUUGGCGGAUUCCGUGUGCAAGGGGGCAUGGCAGGCCAGGUGCCCCCAGGCUAUGGGGGUGGAGGAGGAGGGGGGCCUCAACCUCUUCGAAGACAGCCUCCUCCUUUCCCCCCCAAUCCAAUGGGCCCUGCCUUCAAUAUGCCCCCUCAGGGCCCUGGGUACCCACCUCCAGGUAACAUGAACUUCCCUAGCCAGCCUUUUAACCAACCCUUGGGCCAGAACUUUAGCCCUCCUGGGGGACAAAUGAUGCCAGGCCCUGUGGGAGGAUUUGGACCCAUGAUUUCACCUACUAUGGGGCAACCACCCAGAGGGGAGCUGGGCCCUCCUUCCCUUCCCCAGCGCUUUGCCCAGCCAGGUGCUCCCUUUGGGCCCUCACCCCUUCAGCGACCUGGUCAAGGGCUCCCGAGUCUGCCUCCCAAUACAAGCCCCUUCCCUGGUCCUGAUCCUGGCUUCCCUGGCCCUGGAGGAGAGGAUGGAGGAAAGCCCCUAAACCCUCCUGCAGCGACUGCUUUCCCUCAGGAGCCUCAUUCGGGUUCCCCUGCUGCUGCUGUCAAUGGCAACCAGCCCAGUUUUCCCCAGAACAGUGGUGGUCGAGGCGGGGGAACCCCGGAUGCCAAUAGCUUGGCACCCCCGAAUAAGACAGGUGGAGCAUCUGGGCACCAGCCUCCUCCUGGCUUGGUGUACCCAUGUGGGGCAUGCCGGAGUGAGGUGAAUGAUGACCAGGACGCCAUUUUGUGUGAGGCAUCAUGUCAGAAGUGGUUUCAUCGAGAGUGUACUGGCAUGACAGAGAAUGCCUAUGGGCUCCUGACCACCGAAGCUUCAGCUGUUUGGGCCUGUGAUUUCUGCCUGAAGACCAAGGAGAUCCAGUCAGUCUACAUCCGAGAAGGCAUGGGGCAACUAGUGGCUGCCAAUGAUGGAUGAAUUUGGGAACAGUUGGUAUGGGACCAAGUAAUCUCCUUGAGGACCAUGGACCUUUCUCCUCUUGUGGCUCUUGGUCCCAGCUCCCCACUCGGACUGGGAGAAGGCUUAGUGACUCCUAGGGAUGAGAGAAGGAGAAUACCUAGAUCUUUCUCUCUCUUUCUAUGGAACCUGCCCAUGAAGGGCUGAGAAAGAAUCAAUCCCCUGAGAGGUCGAAGCCCCACUGAGCAUUCUGUAAGGUAACUUAAGAGGAAAGGCUAGAGGGGUAGGAUAUGAGUGAACAUUAUUGGGUGGGGGCUGCAUUUCUUUGCUAGUGCCAAAUACCUUCUAGCAUCUGCCCCAAACACUUCUUACCAGCUUCACUCUGACAGAUAAACUCUUGAAUGGUUUUUUCCUCUGCCAGAGGUAAUUGUCAGGGUUUUUUCCCAUUCCUUCAGUGGCCUACCAUGGGAUCUCAGCCCAGUGCAGAAUACAGUAUUAGACAUUGAGUGAAACCAGUUGGUAGGGGUCAUCCAUUCUUCCUAACUAUUCUCUCUCCACUGGCUUCUCUCCUCUGGAACCAAUUGGCUUUGAGGAAACCAGAUGAAGGUCUGAACCAUAGCAGGUUUCUGGAGAUUUUGGUGGCAGCAAGAUCAAAAUGGUUGAGAGAUGAUAUUCUUGAGACAGCCCCCUCCUCGUACCAAAGCCACAGGUCCCUCCCUCAGAUUAUUACUUGAUCUAUGUCAUGCUUCUUUAGUUCCAACAUUUUAUACAUCUGUUACCUAGAUUAUCCUAGACCAAUUUUUUUCCAAAUCUGCCCUUUUACCUACAGCUCCUGUGUCUUUGCUGUGUUGAGAGCUCAAGGAAAAAAAUAGAAACCCCAACAAUAUCUACUUCUCGGUCUUUUUUCAGAUGGGCAAAGGUGAAGGUUUUAUCUUGCCCCUGAAUGGGGAGGGUUAUCCCCAAUCCUGGGACCCUUAAUGGGAGGAUAUGUGGGAAAAUUGGAUAUUUUUACUUUUCACUCUCCAGCCCUUCAGUAUUUCCCAAGAUUUAAUGAUCCAGCAGUUUAAAAUCUGUUUUCUCAUCAGCCUCUUAACAGUGUAUUUUCUCUUCCACCAAAGCCACUUGUUGAGACAAAUAACUGCCCAGCAUAGAGCCUCUGUUUAGGCCAUUCUGGUUCUGACAUGGGGAUGCCCACCUUUUCUCCCUCUAUUCAAAUGAAAACAUGAGCUCACAUAUCAGCUCCCUGUUAGUGAUUUGGGUUAGAUUUAGUCAUCUGGAAGGAAUUAGUAGCCUCUAGCUGUGGGUACUCACUUUUUUUUAAUUGAAGAGGGAAUGAUGGAAAAGGGCCAAGAUAUUUUUCCCCCCUGUUCCUUAACCAGCUGCUCUGCUCUGGUCCUUUCUUUAGCUAGAGGUACCUCAGCAGCUUUCCUCAGUUCCAGAGCACUUGGAUAAGAAAAUUCCAGGGCAAAGGGCAUGGGCAUCCGAGUUUCCUGUCUGUUAAACUAAGGCCUGAAGCUCUUAAUUCCUGAAGAGAGUGGACCUGUGUCCCCCCCUCCUUCUGCCCCUGAGGAGUGUGUGUGUGUGUGUGGGGGGAACCAUGAGAAAUAACUGAGCACAGAUGGAUGGAUAGCCACACUAUUAAAUUUUGUUAUUUUGGUUUGCCUCUGGUGUCCUCAUUUUCUAUUGCUAUUUUUGUGCAUUUCCUCUCCCUGUUUCUUCUUUCCCCUGUUUUGUAAAGCAUGGCCCCCUCCAUCCACUAAUAGGAUGGAAUGGGCAGAGGUGGUUUGACAUAAUGGGGCCUUUGAACUUUUUGUAUGGUUGGAUUUAUAAAGUGACUUGAAAAAUCU